GUGCGCCACGCAGACGCACAGCGCGCAGGAGACCCGAGACACCACGGAGCCACCGGAGCCGGGAGGAACGAGAGGAGAACGGACAGAAGGAGAGGCAGGAGAACUGUGAUCUGCUCAACGAGUUUCCUUCGUGAAGCUCCUCUUUCUGCCGGCGGCACCCCCCCCCCCCUGCUGUUGGGACUGUGGAAUGAGCCUAUGUGGCAGGAAGGCGUUGACGUUGCUGAGCAGCGUGUUCGCUGUUUGCGCCCUGGGCCUGUUGGGGAUCGCUGUAAGCACAGACUACUGGCUCUACCUGGAGGAGGGCGUCAUUCUCCCGCUCAACCAGAGCACAGAAAUACGCAUGUCCCUCCACUCUGGCCUGUGGAGGGUUUGCUUCUUGGCUGGGGAGGAGAAAGGGCGGUGUUUUACCAUAGAGUACGUGAUGCCCACUACUGUCCAGAUGACGUCUGAGUCCACCGUGAGUGUCCUCAAGAUGAUCCGUUCUGCCACACCUUUCCCUCUGGUCAGCUUCUUCUUCAUGUUCAUUGGUUUUGUGCUCAGUAACAUCGGCCACAUCCGACCACACCACACCAUCCUGGCCUUUGUGUCUGGGAUCUUCUUUAUCCUGUCAGGUCUGUCUCUGGUUGUUGGUCUGGUCUUGUACAUUUCCAACAUUAAUGAUGAAAUGUUGAACAGGACCAAAUCUAACGACACCUACUUCAGCUACAAGUACGGCUGGUCGUUUGCCUUUGCCGCCAUCUCCUUCCUGCUCACUGAGGCGGCAGGUGUCAUGUCGGUGUAUCUGUUCAUGAAGCGCUACACCGCAGAGGAAAUGUACCGGCCCCACCAGGGCUUCUACCGGCCUCGCCUCAGCAACUGCUCCGAUUACUCUGGCCAAUUCCUGCACCCGGACGCCUGGGCUGGACGAGGCCGCAGUCACUCCUCCAUCUCCUCCGAGGCCUCCCUCCCGAUGAACUCCUCCCACUACCCCGCGCUCCUCAAGUGUCCAGAGUACGAACAAAUGUCCUCCUCGCCCUGCUGAGGCCGAGGGGGCGCAGAGUUGUCCAAUUGUUUGAUAUUAUCCAGCUUGAGUCACGACAAGUCCCUCCUUCAAGUGUCCUGACUAAGACCUGAUUCUCUCUGCCCUCCCUACUGCUCAAACUAGAGUUUGACAAGAUUGUACUUUUAUCUGCGUUUCCUCUAGUUUUUAGUGAUGGAUGACUGUUACCUGCCAUGGUGGGGUGACGUGAUCUGAGAGGGGCAACGUGUGUAGCUUUCAGCCUGCGGUGAGCAAGUCCACUAUCUACAUGUUGUACUGCCACAAUCCUGAUUUGACAGGAUUACACGCUGCACCUCUGCAGACAUGGAGAGUUUGGAAUAGGGAUUAAACUGCAUAGACGACUAUGUGUGAUGGGUCAGCACAUUUCAAAAACAAUCACUACGGUAGAUUCUUUCAGUCAGAAAGUAGAAACUAAUCAGUGAAAUCUCUGGUGUUGGAGGAAACUAUUUGAAACUUGUAAAUCCUAAAAUAGUCGAUUCUGGACAGAAUGUUUCCUCAGGUUGACAAUAAGAUUAUUGUUCAAGUUGUGAAGACUUCAGAUUUAAGAAAGUUAACAUGAAGUUGUUCAAAAGUUCCCUUUGUCUCCACAAUUGCACACGUGCUGCGGCGGUUGGGAGUGUGCACAAGCAGGUUCAACUCACGUCCUCAGGUGUCACGAUUCAAGUGCAGCAUGCUGCAUUUAGUGCUGAAAACAGCUUGUUGUAAUAUACUUUCAGACAUGUUUUAAAGAGCUCAGCUAUUUUCAAUGUUUAGGAGUAGAGCUCAUUGUACAAAUGAUGAAUGUGAAUUUCAACCAUUCCAAUAGAUGAUUUUAAUGGACGUUUGACUGAACCUACAUGAUGGGAGAGUUGACUUUUUUAACAGAUAAUAUUCGUCCUUCCAUGUGAACAUGACUUCUUCAGUGACUAUUAACAACAAAGGACAGGUCUGUAUUAUAGGCUGCUAUAGUCCACACAUAUGAAAUAUAUUCUGUUUAAUCUGAAUAUACCAAUGGUUAUGUAUCAUUUUGAGUGUAUUGUGUAAUUUUGUAAAGUAAAAGAAACAGACUAAAAUAAGAAUUUUUAUUUGCUCCCAUAUUUAAUGCAAAUUUAAACACAUCUUUUUGUUUCCUCUGUACAGUGGUCUUCUUUGCAGAUCAGGUAAUUAAACACAAAAAACUGUGUGUUUGACCAAAACUAGUUAGAAAACAAGCAGGAUAGGGGCAAUACUGAUUGACUGUACUUAUGGGACUGGAUAAGUAUGGGGAAUGUGAAUGAGUCAAGUAGUAUGAAUAUAUUUUGAUAUGGAGCCAUUGUGAAUGUAGGAUGUACUGAAGGAAACAGGAAGGAAGUGAGAGUAAAAUACUUCCAAUAGAGAUAUAUUAACCCAAAUUAUAAAUCAAUAUUUUUCUAGUUUUUCCCAUUAUUAUGAAAGAAUAUUCUUAAAUGUUUUAACCUUCAAAUAUACUGCAAUCUUUUGUGUGCCAAGGAAAAAGUUGUAUCCAGGUUAAGUGGUGAAUAAUUGAAUAUAUACAUUUCAUGCAGCAAGUGUGAGUAAACAUUACGGAGGAACAGUUUGUCUUGUGCAAUAAUUUUAUUUUGGUCUGAUAGAUAAAAUCUAAAAAUAUUAAUUAUUGUCAGUAUUUAAUGUUGCAUGGUUUGAAUUAUUGCACAUAUUAUAAGUGGGAUCCAACACAGCAUCACUAGAUCAUGGUUUUCCACCUGCAGAACUUUUCAAACAGAAAAACGAACAAACACAACCUGUGCCAAGCUAAACGUUCACUCUCAAGCACAGCUCAGACACAAUACAUCGACCUGAUACAUUUAUUUAUUUCAAACACUGUAAAUAUGAAAUCAUCAGUGUGUAUAUAUAUAGUCAUUUUUGUAUACAGUAGUAUGCAGUACAUGUAAAAUAUGGUUGUGCUGUUUUUGGCUAGAUUCAUCUCCAGUAAAUGUGACAGCUGCUUUGCUUCCUGCAUCACAUUGAGAAUGUGAGUUUUUGCAUAAUGUUAAACUCACAUCAAUGUAAAGUAUUAAGGUGGAGUCAUUGUCAGACAUGUCAAUAUCUGUGUAUUUUUACAACCUGAUGGUUCAUGAUGUUACUGUAAAUGUGCAAUGGAAUAUGUGAACUCAAAGAAAUAAAGUUUGUUGAAAUUU